UGGCGGGCACUAGGACCCGUGACACGUGAGCGCGAAGUUAGCCGGAGGGUGGAGACGGCGAACAAUGAGGGAGACUGGUGAGACCAGUAUCCAGACCAGCAGCUCCCACAUCCAUCCCGGAUCCCAGCGCGCUCUGGACUCUGAAGGCCAGCAGCACAACAGCAGGUGUCCAUGAGUGAUCCGAGUCCUGUUUGCGUCUCUGAUCUGGGUCAUGCGGACCAACCGAGGAGAUAAACAGACGCUCCCCCCUCGCUGCUCGGCAGGUUGAGGUGCUCUCCGUGGAGGAUCCCGCAACAUCACUGGAAGGAGAAAGAGGCAGGAAGAAGACAGACCCCCCCCGUAAAACUGCGUAAACUGGAGGAUUUCUCCUUCAUUCGGUUGUUCACUGACAACUUGCUCCAGAUUCUCGCGGACCCCUCCUGGGUCUGUCCAGCGCUGAGCGGAUGCAGGACCAUGGAGCGGAGAGACAGGUCGCCAGCAGUCUGCCCCACGGUGUCAAGGCGAGCCUGUCACUUUCUCCAACCGGGGCGGGUCGAGUUGGCAGCGGUGGUGGCUGUGGAGGGGUACCAGUGGAGGACAUGCAGGCCCUGGCCAUCACCUCACUGUCAGCGGCAGACGUAGCCAAACAAUACGAGCACAUCCGUGAGCUGGGGAAGGGCACUUAUGGCAAGGUGGAUCUGGUGGCGCACAGGACGCAAGGUACCAAAUUGGCCCUGAAGUUUGUGACCAAGAAUAAGACGAAGCUGAAGAGUUUCCUGCGAGAGUUCAGCCUCACCGGCUCGCUCAGCUGCAGCCCUUUCAUCAUCAAAGUCCUGGACGUGCUCUUUGAGACCGAGGAUUGCUACGUAUUCGGACAAGAGUAUGCCCCCGCCGGAGACCUCUUUGACAUCAUCCCCCCGCAGGUGGGUCUUCCAGAGGAAAUGGUCAAACGCUGCAUGCAGCAGCUCGGCCUGGCCUUGGACUUCAUGCACGGCAAAAGUUUGGUCCACAGGGAUGUCAAACCUGAGAACGUGCUCCUUUUUGAUCGCGAGUGUCGCCGCAUUAAACUGGCUGACUUCGGUAUGACCCGACGGGUGGGCUGUCGCGUCAAAAGAGUCAGCGGUACCAUUCCUUACACGGCACCAGAGGUGUGCCGGGCAAGCAGAUCGGAGGGAUUCCUGGUCACAACAAGCCUGGAUGUGUGGGCGUUUGGCGUGCUGAUAUUCUGUAUGCUGACCGGAAACUUCCCCUGGGAGGCAGCAUUGGCGGCGGAUGCCUUCUAUGAAGAGUUUCGUCGCUGGCAGAAAGCGGGCUGUCCUGCGGGAACUUAUCCGUCACAGUGGCGCCGCUUCACAGAUGACGCCUUGCGCAUGUUUCAGAGGCUGUUAGCCGCCGACCCGAAAAAACGCUGCGGGGUCAAGGAUGUCUUCUGCUUCGUGAAGUACGAGCUGGUCAGUGAGCUGAGGCGCCGAGCGUCUUGCAGAUCCAAGCGAAGUGAGCGCUCCAGCUCUGGAGUGUGCACUGGCAAUUGCACUUCCUCAUCCUCUUCAUCACGCUCAUCUCAGAGACACCCUGAGCCCUCCACGCCUCCUGGAACUGCCUGUCUUCGACCAGCGCCGCUCAAACGAAGUGUCCUCUCUGACCCAUUGUCGCCCAGAGAAGAAUCUGGCCCCCACCAGUCGCCGGGACGAGACAAGAACAAGAGUCAGAUGGUGAUGGCGACUGCCAUAGAAAUCUGUGUCUGACCAUUUGAGCAGGGCUUAUGAAGCCUUACUGUAUGCCACAGUGACGGGUAGAAGUGAGUGAAUCAGGCACGACCUGGGCAGGACUGUCAUUCGUGACCAAAGACUUGGGGUCCCGCGGGGUGAGGAGUCUAGCCACCGUCCUGCAAAUCAGAAAUACGUUGCCUAUAGACACUUGGUGCUAUUGAUUUAUUAAUCAGUAUGAACCUCCACAUCCUUUACUGUAUCUUCUUAUCUGCAGCAGAACCACACGACAAAACUGUAGAUCUUCUUCUUGGCAGACAAAAGGUAUAUUUAUCUUAAACAGCGAGCACCUCUCCAGAGUCAGUGUCUGAUAAGCAUUGUGUGAAUUGUUUGCAGGUUUUGAAUUGGUGCUUUCGGCGUAGUUAAUGAUUAAUAUCUGCCUGCUUCCAAACUUUCAAAAUAUGGGCAGAGUGUGGCGGUCAUGCAGUAAACCGAUGUAUAAUGUGAUGUAACGUAACAUUUUUCCGCUCCACUAGUAGCAAAACCAACAAAGAAAAUCUACCCAAAACCUUUACAAAUUUUUGUUUCAAGGGUUGCAACAUGCAGCAGCAUCAUUCUAAAUGAGUUGGUGGUGUUGUGAGCACCAAGCCUUUUGGGUGCUCAGAAGAAGCAUAAGGAAGGAGGUCCAUAUUCAGGGCAAACUCUUACAGGACGGGGAUGCCGCUGACUUAAAUGCUUACCAUGCACGGGCAGUUGUUCAAGCAUAUUUGUCGAACUUCAGAUGGACUACAGUGUCUUUUACAUUUAUACAGAUUCGCUGUAUGUAAAAAAAAUGUAGCAAGUAGCGUUUAACGUGUUUCAUGCCUCGUGCCCAAGAGACUGAUUUGGGUGAGGCAUCACCUCAGGACUCGGCAGUCUCUAACUUCCCUUUUUGGUGAAAGACAGAAUGUCUUGUUGGAAGCGAAUUUCCUAACAUGCCCUAUGACAUUUUCCUCCAUUGUAACACAAUAGACUACAGGGAUUGUUGAAAAAGUGGCGAACAAAGACAAGUCUUUGUAUUCCGUUUUUUCUACCUGCUGUGCGUGUGCCUGUGCUGUAUGUGGGUCCGCUUGUGCGUGCGUGUGUGUAAAACCACUAAAGCACAAGGGUUUUGUAAAAGAAUGGCGAUCACAUGUCCGCGUUGUAAAUAAGGUUAUUUAUUGUAUAUUUCCAGUUGCUAUCAGGUAGUUCAGUGAUGUAGCUGUACUAAUUUUCUACGAGAGGAUAGAGGUUUGGCAGGUCCCGUCUCAGUAUCGCACUGUAUGUAGCAACUAUACAAGAGCGAAGAGUGUAGAGUAUACCGCAGUUUUAUGAUAUAGAUGUAGUUAUUUUUUAACAGAGCUGCUGUCUGAGUUAUAUUGGAAAUGAGGAGGGCAACUCAUGGCACCACAUAGUGAUAUGUGCUUCCUUGUCCUGACUCUGAUGGAUCAUCUUUCACAUGGCACUUCUGACAUGGUUUCAAAUUUGAUAACAAACGACAUGAAGAUUAUCACGCUGCUUCCACUUUCCUUUAAUUGAAACCCUCCCAAGCCUCUCUGGGCACUUGCAAAUAACUUGAGCAAGAGAUGGAGCGCUGUGUCAGCAUUUAUGGUUUUUGAUUCUGACCUGCUCCAUCUUCAGCAUUAUUUUCCCUACUUCAGUGGUGCUCCUUUUAUGUUGGCUGGGUGUGUGUGUGAGACUGCAAGCUUCCAUUCCCUAUUUCCAAGCGCUUCCUCCAGACUGCCCUCCCAAUUCUGUCGCCAUGGCGACGCUGUCAGUGCUCCACUGGUUUCCCUCCUGUUCUCCUCCUUAAGAUCCAGUCUAAUUGAACCUAAGCUGCAGCCGGUCACCAGCGCCCCCUCGCCCCAACCUCUCUUGACAGCCACCGUCCUAAAUAUAAAAUAUUUUCGCCUGUGUUCUCCGAGUCCCAUGUUACAAAAUCAGCAUGCUCCUGGCUGUAAUCAUUUCACUUGUCAGUCCUCAUUCUGGUAAAAGGAGAGUGAUUGAGAAUGAGACGUUUCAGAGACUGAACUCCUGAUUGACCAUGUUUGUCGAAGGCUGAAAUGGUCCUGGCUUGAUUGAACUGUUUGUCUGUCGAACCAGAAAAUGUAUUGUAUAAUCUGCACUCACUUCUUUGGUUAAGAAUCGACCUCACUACAGCGCCAAUGCAUCAUCAUAUACAUCAUGUUCCACGUCUCCCAUACAUCCAUCCGACACCUCAGCCUUUGACCAUCUCAUAUAAUAGUUCAUUUAAGAGGAGAGAUUCAUGAUCUGAACUGGAUGUUGAGAAAAAAUCCCUUCACCAAAGAGCUGGCUCAUUGGUUUGGCAUCCACAAAUUGCACACUGAAGCACAUUGUUGUACCAUCAUGCCUGGCUCAUGAUGGCGUGGCGGAGAGUCAGUCCACAUCACAAAAAGCCUGGAGGUUUAGUGAGCACUUUAGUAAGUAAACCUGCUGCAAAAAUGUAAGGUUUCAGCACUUGCAUAACACAGUCAGUGUUAGAUCAUUCAAAUUAUUUUACUUAGUUUAGUUAGUUAUCUUAAAUGAGAUCUAGUCUGGAAAAAAAAAACAUGUAUGGAGACCAAAAAAUGACCGUUGAAGGGAAGGAGAUAUUUUCAUUCUUUUAAUUCUUAAGAUUUAAGACUAGGCGAGGAAGAGUAAUAUUUGGCAAAACUCACUCGAAAGUGGAAAUAAUGAAUCUUAAAUUAUAAAGUUAGUAAUCUAAGGUAAUGUUUUAAAUUGUGUUGAUCCAGAAUUUUUACUGACCACCAGCCAGGUUUCAAGAGAUUUAUAAUAUGGCUGCAAUAGGGAAAGGAGUUAGUCAAGUUCAAUACAAAUGAAUGCAUUGUUUCAAAUUCUUAUAUUCUUUGAAGACAAAGGUACAUUUGAGCGCAUGCAUUCAUGUCAAUGCCCAGAUCACACUGUCAAACCUGACAUGCCUGAUCGUGCUGAGGAUUCAUCCCUCCAUCUAAGCGCGUAUUCCAAACCCUCACCUCCGACAGUCUGUCCUCCUACAUCUCUUCCUCUCGCUGCAUUUUGAGGGUUCCAAAAUAUUAGCUGAAUCAUCAAUCAAUCAUAGUUCUCGUCACCCCUGUGAACACCUGUUCUCAGAGUUUUUCUCAACCUCCAUCAUCGCCGGACUGGCAUUUCUUUAUGUAUUUAUGAUGUAAAUAAUGUACGUAUUGUGUCUUUAAUAAAUGAAGAGAAACUGAAAGGGAAAUGUUAAUAUAUGUUGAAAUAAAACUAUG